CGCCAACAGUCUUAGAGCUACAUUGUUACAAGUACUCGAUUGAAUUUUUGUCGUCGUUUUAAAUAAAACUCAUAAUUAUGCAUUUCAAGUGCGCCCUUAUUUUCUGCGCGCUGUACUUACUAACGUCAGCAUGGAGCACCGGACUGAACAGUGAUCAAUUAGAACUGUUGCAAGACCUGUAUAAACCUUACAAACUGACUAGUCAUGAAGUUAGUGUGGAGACAAUCAGGCAAGUUGUGGAAAAUACUUUUAAAAUGGAAUAUUCUACCAUUGAGUUUAUAUUCAGUUCAGAUGAGUCCGAUUCUAUGAAUUUAUUUUAUUUAUUGUGGAUAGUGGUCGACAAUGAAGUCAAACGUACUGACAAAAUCAAGGUUAAAAAACUCACUUUUUUGGAAGUAUCGUUUUACCUAUAUGAGUUUGAGAAACACUUUAAAUUGCAUAAUCAAAAGGGGUAUAUUUAUCUUCAACAGCUAUCAGCAGUUUUCAAUUAUUGGCCAACUAUAAAUCAUGCAUUCAACAAAAAAUUUAAAAACCUUGAAACCGAUGAAUACACUGUAAUGAACGCGGUGGAUUUCUUGUUGACUAUGAUGGACAUCAAACCAAAAGGCCGUGGUCUGAUCCUAGCACAAAUAGAAAUGUUUGUUGAUUUGUACGAAGCACACAAGACAUCCGAUGGCAUUAACGCUGACGCAAGUAGAGAAGUGUUCCAAAAGCUUGGUAUACAAAUAGAAGACGAUUUGAAAAACCUAUUUGAAUCCAAACGAUCUCCUGAAAUAUUGUUGAUGGAUUUAAUCAUCGUUGCGGCAGAACGCAAUAUAACCGUUCCGAAAAAUGAAAUAAGAGUAGGCAGUGUAAUCGAGGUCGUAAAUGGCACUCAAGAAUUCAUUACGAUGGACAAAAACGGAGACGGUCUACUAUCUUCGGAUGAGUAUGCUGCAGACCUAAAGUACAUGAUAAUGAGUGAUUUGGCAACAUCAAAAGAGUCACCAGAAGUUUUCGAUAGAGCGCAACAUUAUAUAAAUAUAUUCAAAGCUAAUAAAGCCAUAAACGUCGCGGAGUAUACUGAAAUUGGUUUGUUAACGAUUAAUUUAGAAGGCCGCAUUGAAUCCGACGACGAUGACUGAAAAUUAAUUAAUUAAUUGGACAUGUUUAAUAAUCAUAAUGAUAAUAAUACGAGUAAUAUUUGACCCGGUUUUAUGUAAUUAUCAAUUGAAAUAUUAUGCUCCUUGGUGUCUAAUAAUAAAAAAUGUACUAUAUUAUGUCUAUUAAUUAGUAAUAG